CUCAGGGCUAGGAACCGAGUCAGGCAGCGCUUAGGUCACCCCUCCUCCUAUUAGUUGCUCGUAAUGACUAUGAAUUAUGUAUCACUAGCUGUUAUCAGGAUAUGAUCACGUGACCCCGUAAGUUAGGACCCUGUCGCUACGCUGUUUUAUUUAUUAUUUUCUUCCGGCAGUCUUUUGGGCAGCCCCGACGUCCUGAGAGCCAUAGGCCCCGCCUCUUCCUGCCUGCGGCUGCUACCUGGGCCCUGGGCUGUCAUUGGUGAAGGACCCCGCACCAUGUUCCAGGGAAGGCUCCUCGCCCGCUUCCUAGUGCAACAGAAUGGAGCGAGGCAUUGCUCCUACACAGCCUCCCGGAAAAACUUGUACAUUAAUAAAGACACUAAAGUGAUAUGCCAGGGGUUCACCGGGAAGCAGGGCACCUUUCAUAGUCAACAGGCAUUGGAAUAUGGAACUAGGUUAGUUGGAGGUGUUUCACCUGGCAAGGGUGGCAGUUCCCACCUUGGAUUACCAGUCUUCAACUCUGUGGCCGAGGCAAAGGCAGCAACAGGCGCCUCCGCCUCUGUCAUAUAUGUGCCACCACCCUUUGCUGCUGCUGCAAUUCAUGAAGCUAUUGAUGCUGAGGUGCCACUGGUAGUAUGUAUCACUGAAGGAAUCCCCCAGCAAGACAUGGUCCGGGUCAAACACAGACUCCUCCGUCAGUCCACCACCAGGCUUAUCGGACCCAACUGUCCUGGAGUCAUCAAUCCUGGAGAAUGUAAAAUUGGUAUCAUGCCAGGACAUAUUCACAAGAAAGGAAGGAUUGGUAUCGUGUCAAGAUCAGGAACUCUGACAUAUGAAGCCGUGCAUCAGACGACGCAGGUUGGAUUGGGGCAGUCUCUCUGUAUCGGUAUCGGUGGAGACCCCUUUAACGGAACAAACUUUAUUGACUGCCUAGAGGUCUUCUUAAAAGACCCAAAGACAGAAGGUAUCAUUCUGAUCGGUGAGAUUGGUGGAAGUGCUGAGGAAAAUGCUGCUGAGUAUCUGAAAGAACACAACACUGGCUCUAUUACUAAGCCUGUGGUGUCCUUCAUUGCUGGCCUAACCGCCCCUCCUGGCAGGAGGAUGGGUCAUGCCGGAGCCAUCAUUGCUGGCGGGAAAGGUGGAGCCAAGGAGAAGAUUGCUGCUUUGCAGAGAGCUGGCGUGGUUGUCAGUAUGUCUCCUGCCCAACUUGGAAGCACCAUGCACAAGGAAUUCGAGAAGAGGAAAAUGCUGUAAGUGCCGGAAAAGAAGACGGCAAUGUCUGCACAUGAUCACGUCCACAUCGUUUCUUUUCGUCCAGAUCUUCUUUCGAGAACCAGUGUCUUUGCACAAGCUACAUGUGAAGCCAUAACUGUUAUUUUAGCCUUUCCCCGACAUCAAGAGGAUCUCUGUGGAUCUGCUAUUUAGACUGUACAGCCUUCAUGAAUAAAAGAAAUACUUCCAUUUAUUUUGGAUCCUAAAA